AUGAAUGACUCAUUCCGAUCAUCAAAAGUGAACAGUGUAAGGCUAUAUCAACCAAGCAAUCAACUAGUAAUCAUAGUUUCCAAAGCGCAAGAUUUACCCAACAGGAAAAAACUUGACAAGCAGUCUCCAUACUGCGUUGCGCGAAUACAGGAUCAAGUUCAGAAAACAAAGAUUGUACCCCGAGGCGGACAGAAUCCACAUUUCGACGAUGAAUUAUGGUUUUCCCUCGACAACGUUGAAGAAACAACCGUGAAUUUCAUUGUUUACCACCAGAUGAAAAAAGAUUCUGAACUUGUUUGCAAAGCAGACAUAGAUUUUACACCCGCUCUUCGCAGAUCAUCCAAGGAGGGCUAUGAUAACUGGUUUACACUGAGCUAUAACGGAAGGCCAGCAGGGAAAAUAUAUCUAGAAAUGACUUAUUACUCCUCGUCUAAAGACGUGCCCGCUCAUGUUGAACCUUUAACCAAAUUGCGCAUGGUUUCAUCUGCUCUAUCGCACCCUGUUCCUUCUAUUCUACCAACAAAAGCAACGCAACCAUCUAACUGUGAUGGCGAGAAUUUCAAGGAGUUGAAUAAUAAUGAUGAAGACAAAAAAGUAAAACAAGCAGGCCAAUUUUUGCCGAUGAGUCAGCCGUUCGAGACGGAGCAGAGUGUUCUACAAAGGCUUGUCAAAAAUGCCUGGAAGUUUUCAUCUACUUUCACUAGGCCCGUCACACAGACCAAUGUAACGGACUUUGAAGGUUCUGUGCGCCAGCCGCAAACACACUUGCUAACGCAUAAACUAUUUGAAGACUCAAGUGAUGAAGAUGAGCUCGAAUCAACAAAUUACUGUGAGAGCACGAAGGAAAAUCAAGCUGAGACACAUACUAAUUCUAGCAAUAUUGGGGCAUUACGAAUGGGAAAGAUGUUUUUAUCAAAUCUGGUUUUCGACUUGGACAAACGAGAGAAUUCUAGUAAAGAUUACAGUGGAGCGCAAGGUAGUUCAGAACACACUUUUCCUUCGUCAGAAGACAAGGAAGUUGCAGUUCGCAUAGUGACAUCUGACGUAGACCAAGAAGAAAGAGUAACGAAUUUCUGGGCUCCAAUUGUUCUCGCAGUCCCAAACAAGAGAAUGAUCAGUGCAAAAUGAACCUUUCGUACUCACAAAUCAGAAAGCUUCAAAGGAAGCGAUAAUAAUGAGUCCUUACUUCAAUGAAUCGUUAAAAUGCGACCUCAUCGUCACCGUCCUCAUCGGCAUCAUCAAAUUCGCCAUCAUCAAAAUAUUUUUCGGCAUUGUAAUCAUCGUCGUCUUCCUCUUCAAACUCAUCGUCUUCCUCGUCUUCCUCCUCCUCCACCUCGACUGCAUCUUCGUCAAAAUCUUCAACGCUAUCAAAUUUCUCAAUAAUAUGCUUCUGCUUUUCCUUCAAAUUCAUCGACGAGGGCAAUUCUGUCACAAGGGGUUUGGAGAAUGUUGUAAAGGCAAACUUGGAUGCACCUCCUUUACCUGAUUUUCGUCCAAAACCAGAAAUUUUCAAUUCUUUAGGGAAAAAAAUCGAAGAAUAAUAAUUUAGACUUUUAUCUUGCUUCUGUAUCGUUUUUCUGUACCUGUCCGAGUAGCGUGUAAUUCCUUCGUCAGAUGUACUCCGGUUCUUAUAUUUUGUGAUAGAGUUUUUAUUCGAAAUUUGUGAUGACAGAUUGUCCGUAUAAUAGUAGGAAGUGUUAAUUAUAUCGCAGAAAUGUGUAAAUUUAAAAACUUCUUCUUUUUCCCUCAUGGUCAAACUCCCAGAUAUGGGCUGCGAGUAUAUGCAAUCCGAAGUGUCCACAUAACUUCCGGCAUCCGUAAAAUCCAAACUAAAAGAAGCCAAGCCUUUCCUUUUC